ACGUCGGACAGCUGCGGCAGCGGCCGAGGCUCCAGCGCUGAGCGCAGAAACCCCAUACCAAACAGAGCAGCGUGCUGGAGGAGGAUCUGAGCAUCGCGCAGGGCAUUCGGCUCGGGCCGCUGGCUCUGUUCGGCGGGGAGGGAGCGGGCCCGCCCGCUGGGCCCGGGCCCUCCGGAUCCGCCCCCUCCCCGGUCCCGCCCCCUCCGAGCCUCCUCUGGCUGCUCUCGGGCUGCGCCGGGGCCGGGGGCCCGCGGUCCGGGCGCCAUGCGGGCAUCGCUGCUGCUGUCGGUGCUGCGGCCCGCCCCGGCCGUGGCCGCGGGGAUCUCCCUAGGCUUCACUUUGAGCCUGCUCAGCGUCACAUGGGUGGAGGAGCCGUGCGGCCCAGGGCCGCCCCAACCUGGAGACUCUGAGCUGCCAGUGCGCGGCAACACCAAUGCGGCGCGCCGCCCCAACUCGGUGCAGCCGGGAGCGGAGCGCGAGAGGCCCGGGGCCGGCGCCGGCGAGAACUGGGAGCCGCGUGUCUUGCCCUACCACCCCGCACAGCCCGGCCAGGCUGCCAAAAAGGCCGUCAGGACCCGCUACAUCAGCACGGAGCUGGGCAUCAGGCAGAGGCUGCUGGUGGCGGUGCUGACCUCACAGGCCACGCUGCCCACUCUGGGCGUGGCUGUGAACCGCACCUUGGGGCACCGAUUAGAGCGUGUGGUGUUCCUGACAGGCGCUCGGGGCCGCCGGGUACCACCGGGCAUGGCAGUGGUAACCCUGGGUGAGGAGCGGCCCAUUGGACACCUGCACCUGGCACUGCGCCACCUGCUGGAGCAGCACGGUGAUGACUUUGACUGGUUCUUCCUAGUUCCUGAUGCCACCUACACUGAGGCACAUACUCUGGCACGCCUAACUGGCCGCCUCAGCCUGGCCGCUGCUGCCCACCUUUAUCUGGGCCGGCCCCAGGACUUCAUCGGAGGAGAGGCCACCCCCGGUCGCUACUGCCAUGGUGGCUUUGGGGUGCUGCUGUCACGCACGCUGCUGCAACAGCUGCGCCCCCACCUGGAAGGCUGCCGUAAUGACAUCGUCAGUGCGCGUCCGGAUGAAUGGCUGGGACGCUGCAUCCUUGAUGCCACUGGAGUGGGCUGCACUGGUGACCAAGAGGGGGUACACUAUAGCUAUCUGGAGGUGAACCCUGGGGAGCCUGUGCAGGAGGGGGACCCUCGUCUCCGCAGUGCCCUGACAGCCCACCCUGUGCGUGACCCUGUGCACAUGUACCAGCUGCACAAGGCUUUUGCUCGAUCUGAGCUGGAACGCACGUACCAGGAGAUCCAGGAACUGCAGUGGGAGAUCCAGAACACCAGCCAUCUGGCAGCUGAUGGAGAGCGGGCAGCUGCCUGGCCCGUGGGCAUUCCAGCACCAUCCCGCCCAGCCUCCCGCUUUGAGGUGCUGCGAUGGGACUACUUCACAGAGCAGCAUGCUUUCUCCUGUGCUGAUGGUUCGCCCCGCUGCCCCCUGCGUGGGGCUGACCGGGCCGAUGUGGCUGACGUUCUGGGGACAGCACUGGAAGAGCUCAACCGCCGCUACCACCCAGCCCUGCGGCUCCAGAAGCAGCAGCUGGUUAAUGGCUACCGGCGCUUUGACCCAGCCCGGGGUAUGGAGUACACGCUGGACCUGCAGCUGGAGGCCCUGACCCCCCAGGGUGGCCGUCGGCCUCUCACUCGCAGGGUGCAGCUACUCCGGCCACUGAGCCGUGUGGAGAUCUUGCCUGUGCCCUACGUCACAGAGGCCUCACGUCUCACCGUGCUGUUGCCUCUGGCAGCAGCUGAACGUGACCUGGCCCCCGGCUUCCUGGAGGCUUUUGCCACUGCAGCACUGGAGCCUGGUGACGCUGCGGCAGCCCUGACCCUGCUGCUGUUGUAUGAGCCCCGCCAGGCCCAGCGGGCAGCCCAUGCAGAUGUCUUCGCACCUGUCAAGGCACACGUGGCAGAACUGGAGCGGCGGUUCCCUGGUGCCCGGGUGCCCUGGCUCAGCGUACAGACGGCCGCGCCGUCCCCGCUGCGACUCAUGGAUCUGCUCUCCAAAAAGCACCCGCUGGACACACUGUUCCUGCUGGCCGGGCCGGACACAGUGAGACUCCCUGACCGCUGCCGCAUGCACGCCAUCUCCGGCUGGCAGGCCUUCUUUCCCAUGCACUUCCAGGCCUUCCACCCAGCAGUAGCCCCACCACAGGGGCCCGGACCACCGGAGCUGGGCCGUGACACAGGCCGCUUUGAUCGCCAGGCGGCCAGCGAGGCCUGCUUCUACAACUCCGACUACGUGGCAGCACGUGGGCGGCUGGCGGCAGCCUCAGAGCAAGAGGAGGAGCUGCUGGAGGGCCUGGAUGUGUACGAGCUGUUCCUGCGCUUCUCUAGCCUCCACGUGCUGCGGGCGGUGGAGCCCGCGCUGCUGCAGCGCUACCGGGCCCAGCCAUGCAGCGCCCGGCUCAGCGAGGACCUGUACCACCGCUGCCGCCAGAGCAUGCUCGAGGGCCUCGGCUCCCGAACCCAGCUCGCCAUGCUGCUCUUCGAGCAGGAACAGGGCAACAGCACCUGACCUCGCCCUGUGCCCCAAGCCCUGGCACGCCACACCCCACCCGCUCCUCCCCAACAAGCUGGAGCUACCUGCCAGCCUCGCCGGACAGGGCUGGCUGCAGCCUCUGACCCCAGGGAAGUCCACUGGGCCCCUCUCUCUGGCUUUGUGGUCCCCUGGGCUCAGGACAACCCUGGGGGAGAUGUCCCUAGAGCCACCCCCUUGUCACCCAAGCCCAGUCUUCCUGCCCCAUUGACGCUGCUGACUCGGGCUGUGGCCUCCUUGUAUUUAUGCAGUACAGUCUGCCUGACACCAGCCCUGCCUCCUGGGAUCAGGCCCUGGGGGCUGGGUUGUAGACAAAAUGUUGAGGAAAGGGGAGCUGAGAGAGGAGGAUGGGAGCACCUCCCCACUUCUCCCUUCUGGACCCCUGAUGAACUCCCCCCCUUUAAUAAACUGGCUGAGUGUGGACUAGUGA